GCGCUAGCAAGCACCAGCUACGCCCUUUUUACUCUUUCAUCCCACGCACUGUCAAAUUUAACCCUUUAUCUCCUGUCACGUGUACAAGUAUGGCUGAAGUGAAGCUUGGGUAUCUGGUUUAUGAGCGUUAUGAAGACGACCAGAGAUUAGAAUAUGUUUGCUAUCUCUCAAGGAAUCUAUUCAGUGAUGAGGGUCCAGUCAAAUAUGACUACCAGGAGAAACAGGAAAAAGAAGAAAACGUUGAAGAAGAAACAAUGAGUGAAGAGGAAUACGAAGAAGAUGAGAUAGAAGGGACACUGUUGCUAGCUACAAUGAAAUAUCAAGAGUUCCGAGAAUCGUGUCAAGAUCUACUGGACCCUAACCUGGAGGAAGAGUUUGAGACCAUGAGACAGAUGGGCCUCCCUACAAUGCUUGUUAAUAGCUACGAUGACAUGGAGGAAGAUGAAGAGGAUGAUGGUGCCUAUCAUUAUGGUUCUAAUAAAAGAUCCAGCAGUAGAUCAAAGAGGCAGAACAUUAGAGCUUCAUCAAACGAGUGGGCGGUAGGAGCACCAGCUGACUUAUCAAUUAACAUGAGCAGUGACUAUACAGCAGUUGAUGAUACUGGAGCAAGUGAUAUAGUCGUCAGUGCACCAGUCGAUAUGAUGGGUCCAUCAGAUGAAGGAGAGGGUGAAGGAAUAGAACAAGAAAUGAAUGCGACAAGAGAGAAUGAAAGCAGUGAUGAUAGUAAUCCACUGCUGAUGGACUAUAGGAUUGAGUCAGAAGGAAAAGAAGGCGGGGAGAGCGAUGAUGAGUCAUCAGUUGCCUCAGAUGUACAGAUUGAUGUGACGCAGUUUGAUAUUAACUGGGACGAUGUGAGGGAGGGCAGGGCAGCUGGACUACCCAGCCAAUGGGAGGCGGUUGAAGUCACUGAAUGUGAGGAGGGAACAGGAACACAAGAGCUGGAGGAAGAAGCGGAAGAGAGAGGAAGAGUAGCUUCCAAAGAAGAAAAGAAGAAAGGAAGGGCUUCCAAAGAAGAAAUGAAGCUAUACCGUGCUCUGAAGAUAAAGGCAAGAGCAUACGCUGACAAGAACUGGCAGUAUUACUGGGAGACUAAUGGACCAGCCAUACUGGCUGAAUCAUGGAGACAGCAUUAUCCAAAGAUACCACUGAAGCAUGUGGAGGUGGUGAGCGGUAUUGGGUGUCUCUGUGAGUCUCUAGAGAGAAAAAUGCAAUUGGAAGCAACUGUUGAGAGGGAAGAGGACCAACCAGUGGCUGAGGCUGAAGGAGGGAAUCAUGAACAUUGUAAUGUAGAGUCUGGUCUAGUUGGAGAAACCACAUUAGCAGCUGGACUAGAGGAGACAGAGGCAGUAGAAGAAGGAGAAAUUAUUGAAGCUGCCAGUAGAAUAAAUACAGAGGAGGGGUAUUCAAAUGUCAUUGGUUAUAUUGCUAGUAUGAGGGAUGAAGAGGUUCUCUGCUUGUGGAAAGAGUUCUACAACAAUUGCUACUGGUACACGUUUGAGGUAUUCACUCAAAAUAGUCUCACAGAAGAAGACACUAGCGAACCAGAACUGAGUAUUGGGGAAAGAGUAGAGGAGGAGGAAGUAAGAGGAGAAGGAGAUGAAGGAUUUGAUGUCAUUGAGGAUUCGACAGAUAAGUUUGAUGUUUAUUCCAAUGAGAAUGAGGAUACUCCUACAUUAAAGGGGCAAUCGAGUCAUACCUCACCUUACACUGAGCUUGAGAGGGCAGUGUAUAAUGUCAAGAACUUAGGAUUUUAUGUUGGGACUGAUGUUGGAGUUAAUCCUCAUACAAGAAAGUUCAAAAACUUACUCUUCAAAUUGUACAGACAGUCACAAACAUCAAGACUUUCUAAGCAAGAGAGUAUAAAUCAUGGUAUUGUUAGUAAAGCUGGGCAGCUAAUAGCAAGGCGUAACAAUGCUGUGGUCCUAAAGAAGAAACCAAAGAAAAAGAAGAAAUCGAAAAAGAACAUGUCAAGUGAUGGAGCAGAUCUCUCAGUGAGCAUGACUUCAGAAUAUGAAGUGGUUGAUGACACAACUGGCCAGACUCAGUCCUAUACUACAGAGACUGAUACCCGUUCCACUGAAACUGAGACUCAUACUACAGAGAUUGAUACCAGUACCACAGAAGUCGAAUCGCAUCAGGCACAGCUUGAGGAAGAGGAGGAAGCACAAGGAGAAGAAGCAGGGGAAGAUGUUGUUGUUUCUGAGGAAGAGCACAUUGAUGAUGGUAGUCAGACUGAACCACCUUCUGCUGAUCCUGUUGAAGUAGCGUCUGCUGAUCCUGUUCUGUUUGAGUCAUUUGCUGGUAAGAGUGUAGCCUUCAAGGAUCAUCUUCCUCCUGCUACGUCCCUUUCAAGGGAACAUUAUCUGGCAAAGUAUUGGUCUCAGAGGUUUAGACUAUUUUCCUUGUACGAUAAUGACAUCAGAGUAGACCACGAGGGUUGGUUUAGUGCUACACCAGAGAAGAUAGCUUCCCAUAUUGCUGAGAGGUGUCAGUGUGACCUGUUGGUUGAUGCUUUCUGUGGCGUGGGCAGCAAUGCAAUACAAUUUGCAUAUACCUGUGAAAGAGUGAUUGCUAUUGAUAUUGAUCCAGUGAAGAUUGCUUGUGCAAGACACAAUGCUGAGAUAUAUGGAGUAGCUGAUCGCAUUGAGUUUAUAUUAGGAGAUUACUUUGAUAUAAUGCCACACUUGAAGUGUGUUGAUGUAGUGUUCAUUAGUCCUCCGUGGGGUGGACCAAAGUAUUUAUCAGCCGAAGUAUUUGACCUUGAAACAAUGGUCUCAUUAAAUGGUGUCAGGGUAUUUGAAGUUGCAAGACAAGUCACUCCACACAUAUCUUACUACCUACCCAGGAACAUUGGAGUUGAUCAGUUAAUGAGUAUGGUAUCUGCUGGUGAACCAAUUGAGCUAGAGCAACAGUUCAUGAAUAGGAAACUGAAGACCAUUACAGCUUAUUUUGGUGAACUAGUAAACACGUGAUAUUAUUGAGCCACACCAUUGAAUCAUUGACCCCAAUAGACUCACACAUUGUAUGAUAUUAAUGAACUAUUGAUAGAUUUGUGUAUGAGAGCACAAUUUUAUUUUAUUAUCUGAAACUGAAAACUUCCUA